AUGGUGGUGGCGCUCACGACGCCGGCCAAGACGCUCCUCCUCAGCCUGUUCGCGUCCACCACCAUGCUCACCAGCUCAUCCAACUUCUCGGCCAAUGCAUCCCCCACCAAGCUCAUUCAACCUCCAACUAGGGUUCAUGAUUUCUGGUCGUCGACUGGAAAUGAGGUUGCGCCGGCCAGUGGAGGCUUCAGAUUUAAUUUGGAGACAUGGGCACAAAGAUAUUUAUUUACAGCGAGUCUCGGAGUCGAUUUCUUAGGAACUAGGGUGCCGAACUCGAGUGUUAUGUGUGUGGUUGUGUGUCAAAUCCAAGAGAUACAUGGUUAUAGGGCUGCACAAGGGUAUCCGACUUUUAAAGGCCAAGUUUUGAACGGAGACCAACUUUGGGAUUUGAUUGAGGGCCUAGAAGCAAAUAACUUAUCGUAUUAUACGCAUCUACUUACAGGUUAUAUUGGUUCAGUCUCGUUUUUGAAUACCGUUCUUAAAGUUAUAGAGAAGCUAAGGGCUAUCAACCCAGGACUUACAUAUGUUUGUGAUCCAGUUUUAGGAGAUGAAGGGAAACUUUAUGUCCCUCAGGAAAUGGUAUCGGUAUAUCGGGAGAAGGUUGUACCUGUUGCUUCUAUGUUGACUCCUAAUCAAUUUGAAGCAGAAUUGUUAACGGGGUCCAGAAUACUAUCUGAACAAGAUGGCAGGGAAGCUUGCAACAUUCUUCAUGCAUCUGGACCAUCAAAGGUUGUCAUAACGAGCAUAAAUAUAGACGGAAAUCUUCUCCUAAUUGGAAGCCAUAGAAAAGAUAAGGGUCAACCUCCUGCGCAGUUCCGAAUUUCAAUUCCCAAAAUUCCUGCAUAUUUCACGGGAACAGGUGAUCUUAUGACUGCACUUUUGCUUGGAUGGAGCAAUAAAUAUCCCAACAACCUUGGUAAAGCAGCAGAGCUAUCUGUAUCAAGCUUGCAGGCACUUUUAGUCAGGACGGUGAAUGACUACACUAAGGCAGGGCAUGAUUGCCGGUCGAGCAGUUUAGAGAUUCGUUUGAUUCAGAGUCAAGAUGUUAUUAGAAAACCUGAAAUCAAAUACAAGGCUGAGAUUUACAACUAGACUCUCAUAAACCAACCCCCUUCAAUAGAAUAGCUUUUUUCCGGUGGAGUUGAUUCUAUCUUGUAUCAAGAAUUUUCAUCUUUCCUUUCUUGCUCUUUUCCGGUAUUUUUGUAAUGGACAUAAUCGAGCUCUUGUAAUGCCGUAAUGCAAAAUCUGUGCAACAAUGUUGAGAAACCUGUAUUUAAUCCAUGUCUCCUGGAGUAUAUAACAUGCCUUAACUUCAUUUUCAAA